GUGCUGUUGGCUGAAAAUAAAUUGUAUAGUGCAUUACUGUUGACUUAAUUAUUUACAUACCUUAAAGAGAAGAGAACUGAUAAAAAGAAUGCCAAAGACAUAUGGAGCCAUCACAAAAAUGAAAUUACCAAAAAGAACAAAUACAAAUAUAGCAUAAGAUCGCUGCCAUGGAAAACAGAGCAAGUUCUGUCUAGAUUCAGGGCCAGAUCCUCAGCUGGUUUAAAUCUGCACAGCUCCACUGAAAUCGAGAGACUUGCCAACUACUCCAUCCAUAUUGGCCAGGGGUUAAUUUGGAAGCCAUGGCCCUCCACUUUCAAAGAAGCACCAACUAAAAUCAGCAUCAUCUUCCUGUGACUGGAGGCAGCAGACAGGAGAACUUCCCUACAUCAAUGCACUGCCAAUGGUGGUGUAAUACCAAGGGCUGCACUGCUGCCACAUCACAAUUUUGUGAGGUUUCAGAGAGUAGUUCUGGGUUAUAUCCUUUGUCGUGACCUCAUGGUUUAAGUGGGAAUAAAGAUGAGUAUAAGCAGUGAUGAGGUUAACUUUCUGGUAUAUAGAUACUUGCAAGAGUCAGGGUUUUCUCAUUCAGCAUUUACAUUUGGUAUAGAGAGCCAUAUCAGCCAGUCUAAUAUAAAUGGUGCUCUGGUGCCACCAGCUGCUUUGAUUUCCAUCAUCCAGAAAGGUCUGCAGUAUGUAGAGGCUGAAGUCAGUAUUAAUGAGGAUGGUACCUUGUUUGACGGUAGGCCAAUAGAGUCUCUCUCACUGAUAGAUGCAGUAAUGCCUGAUGUGGUACAAACAAGACAACAGGCCUACAGAGAUAAACUUGCACAACAACAGGCAGCAGCUGCCGCUGCUGCAGCUGCAACUAAUCAACAGGGAUCUGCGAAAAAUGGAGAAAAUACUGCAAACGGAGAGGAGAAUGGAGCGCACACUAUAGCAAAUAAUCAUACGGAUAUGAUGGAAGUGGAUGGAGAUGUUGAAAUCCCUCCUAACAAAGCUGUGGUGCUGCGUGGUCAUGAAUCUGAAGUAUUCAUCUGCGCCUGGAACCCCGUUAGCGACCUUCUGGCCUCAGGAUCUGGAGAUUCAACAGCACGGAUAUGGAACCUCAGUGAAAACAGCACCAGUGGCUCCACGCAGCUGGUACUCCGACACUGUAUACGAGAAGGUGGGCAAGAUGUACCAAGCAACAAAGAUGUGACAUCCCUGGAUUGGAAUAGUGAAGGUACACUUCUAGCAACCGGGUCGUAUGAUGGAUUUGCAAGGAUAUGGACUAAAGACGGUAAUCUUGCCAGCACCUUAGGGCAACAUAAAGGACCUAUAUUUGCAUUAAAAUGGAACAAGAAAGGAAACUUCAUUUUAAGUGCCGGAGUGGACAAGACCACAAUUAUUUGGGAUGCCCAUACCGGAGAAGCCAAGCAGCAGUUUCCCUUUCAUUCUGCACCAGCAUUAGAUGUUGACUGGCAGAGUAACAACACAUUUGCUUCUUGCAGCACAGAUAUGUGUAUUCAUGUCUGUAAAUUAGGACAAGAUAGACCCAUCAAAACCUUCCAGGGUCACACAAAUGAAGUAAAUGCAAUCAAAUGGGAUCCGACUGGUAAUCUUCUGGCAUCCUGUUCUGAUGACAUGACUUUAAAGAUCUGGAGUAUGAAACAAGAUAGUUGUGUCCAUGAUUUACAAGCACACAACAAAGAAAUUUAUACUAUCAAAUGGAGUCCUACAGGACCAGGAACAAACAAUCCAAAUGCCAAUCUUAUGUUAGCAAGUGCAUCCUUUGAUUCUACUGUUAGGUUAUGGGAUGUAGACAGAGGAAUUUGCAUCCACACUUUAACGAAACAUCAAGAACCUGUGUACAGUGUAGCUUUCAGCCCUGAUGGCAGGUACCUGGCCAGUGGCUCUUUUGACAAAUGUGUUCACAUCUGGAAUACACAGACGGGUGCUUUAGUUCACAGUUAUCGGGGAACAGGAGGGAUUUUUGAGGUUUGCUGGAAUGCAGCAGGAGACAAAGUUGGAGCAAGUGCUUCAGAUGGUUCAGUUUGUGUAUUAGACCUACGGAAAUAGCGCUACUAGUUGGAAGCCAUGGACCGACUA